AUGGAAAUGAGAAUACAAAUAUUUAUUGUAUUUCUUACUAUUGUCGAUAUAUCGACAGUGUGCUCACAACCAACAGAAAGCGAAUUUAGCUCAACAACUAAUGCACUUUCAGUGUUAUCAAAUUUGGAAUAUCAAUUAGCACAGUGUCGAGGAGAGAAUAAAACUCAAACCAUUUCAACCAUAUUACGUGGUAUCCAAAAACUUCAAACGCAUAGCGAAAAUAAUAACAAUAUCGAAAUCAAACUGAAACAAAAAGAUGAGAUAAUCGUAUGCCAUGAAGAUCAGUUAGUAGAUAAAUCAAAUCUUCUGGAUAUACAAGUCUAUAAAACCAGCAAAGCUAAGCAGGAUAUAUUCGAUUACAAAGCGCAAAUCAAAAGCUUGCAAUCAACCAUAUUAUCCCAGAAUACUAUUAUCAACAAAACUAAAGUUGAAAUAAUAGAAUGGAAGUCGAAAAAUCAAAAUAAAAACGGAGAUAUUCAGAAUGAAAAAAAGGAGACGGAAUUAACUCAAGACGAGCUAAGUAACUGUGAAAAACGAUGUAUUAACAGGAGUAACCAGCUGAAUGAAUCACUGCAACAAUUGAAGCAUUGUAUUAACUUAAAAGACACAUUUAAGAAAGAUCUUCAGAUAAAGGAACUUGACUUAAAGGAAUGCCAGAAGCAGACAAUUCCUCUUCCCACCUCGUGUUUAAACAUUACGAGACAGGGAAUUUUUGAGAUAGAACUUCCAAAUGGAGAUCCUCUUAAAGUGAAAUGCGAUGGUAUUGGUUGGAUGGUCAUUCAGCGACGAUUCGAAGGGCAAGAAGAUUUUAAUAAGAACUGGGAGGAAUACCGCAAUGGAUUUGGUGACUUGAGAGGGGAGUUUUUCAUAGGAUUGGAAAAUCUUCAUCUUAUUACGAGCUCAACGAAACACGAGCUGUAUAUUUAUGUGUUUAACAGAGGCGUUAGUUAUGGAACAUAUGAUAACUUUAGGAUCGGAAAUGAAGAUUCCCUCUACGAGUUGGAAUCAAUAGGGAAUUUUACCGGUAUUGAGCCUAAUAAUUUAGAAGCCAACGUUAAGCAGAAAUUUUCAACAUACGAUAGAAAUAAUAUUCCAAAUGCUUAUCAACAUUGUGCCGAGCAUCCCAUGGGCGGUUGGUGGUAUCCAGCAAAUUGUGGUGAGAGUAAUCUAAAUGCAGCAUAUAGAUAUGGCAAAGGCAUCAUUUGGCACUCGGGUGGUGCAACCUCAACGGAGAUGAAGAUUCGCCCACUUUAAAAACGUGCAAAGUCUCACAUAAUUAAAUUACUUGUCGAGUACUAAUUUCUUCAAUCAUAAAAAAUGGAUUUUCUUUUGUCAAUAAAUUCAGAUCAAAUGAUUUUGUAAUCUGUCAAA